GCUGUCCCGUGAAUACGCCAAGCCAUUGUUUCCGACGUCCCAGGAGAAAAAGUCCAUUGUUGCUGCGAACUUUUUAAUCUGGGGGAUUUAAAGCCCAUCACAUGCUCAGACAGAGCAGCGGGGCGCCCUGCCACUCAGUAGAAAUCCAUACCGAGGAAGAGAAGUUUUCCUCCGGGAACAUUUUCUACACACUGCAAUGCCUGCCCACGGCGUAGGACUGUAGGGAGUUGGGGAGUCCCACUGGACGACGGGAAGCUUCUCUUUCCGCCCUUCUGGAGCCAAUUUCAGGAUGACGCUCAAGUACAGCCAGAGGUCUUUAAUUGUUCUGUCGUUCCUGGGAGUGCUGUCGGCCAUCAUGACCGUCUUAUCGGUGAUCUUAAUAUUCCAGCUGCAGUCCCACCAGGCGGCGGUGAAGGAGUCCACCACCGUCGCCUCCUCCUCGGUCAUACCCGCUCACGUCUGGCCCGUACUGCUGCCCGUCUCCACGGCGCUCUCAGCGCUGUCCCUCACCCUUAACUUGAGCUCCAUGGUCGUGAGUCUCCUCCACAGUUACUUUUCUACGGAGGUCUGCAUAGGAGAGCAGGACACCGAGAGAGCAGACUGGUUCCUUCUGGAUAGCAGAGCUGUACGACAUGUGGCGAUUGGACUAUUCUGCCUGGGGGUGUCUGUCUAUUUGGCAGCAAUGUCCAUUUUCAUGCUCCUGAUAUUCGAGAUAGAAACGGGCAUCGCCAGCGCCUGCAUACUCUCCUCUGGGAUCCUGAUCCUGCUGGUGGCGGUGAUACACUCCCUGGUCAAAGCUUCCCGAAGCGCCAAGCACUACAAAAGCGACCUAGCCGACACCCUCUAUCAAAACGACCACGGAAGCAGCAGCGUGCCCAUCUCACGGCCUUGUGAGCUAAGAGUCGGAGUGGACAAACUGCGGAUUCACCGCAGCCAGUCUCAUCAUAUGCAGCAUCCGAUCUCUUACCCAACGUGUGGCAACGUCAGGCAGAGAGAGCAUUAUCAGCAGCAGUACUCCCCCACCGAAGGCUCUCAGAGCCACUCUAGCGAUAAAGAUGGAUACAGCGCAGGAGGGAGCUGCCCUCGAAUGCACCGGACCUUAUCUACUGAAUCUGGCUUACUACAGGCCCAGGUGAAACCCUGGAAUGGAGUCAACAACGAGAUGAGGAGCGUUUUAGCACGCAAAUCCGGGAUUUCAGCAAAAGACUCAACGCUUGUGUGAGCUGACAUUCUUUUCAGAGGAAUGAGGAAUUAGAGAACUGAUAUCUGACUGCAAGUUUGUGGAGCAAGUGAACCCCCGCCGCAGAGGGAAAGCUCUUUGUUUCUUCGGUGUACAAAUGGCAAGUUUAUCUUGUCUGGCUGCAUUCAAAAUGGCCAAGUUUAAGGUAUACAGUCAACUUUAAACACGAUCCACCAACCUGAAUAGCACAGGUAUUGACUAGUGUUAGAUGCUGACAGUAUAAUAACCUUAACAAAAACUACCCCUGGUUUUACAGGAUUGUGUAAUUUACACCACAAAUUGAAACAACAAUGCGUUACAUGAUCAAAUUGCUUUUCUAUAAAACAUAAAAGCCACUAUAUGCAACAUAAUUACAGCCAUAGAUGUUAGAAAUACCAGCAGUUCUAAAGCCGGGGUCACGACCCCAAAUGGACUGCAAGUCAAUAAGUUUGACUCCUGAGAUCCUCCUCAGGAAUCAAACAAAAUUCUAACAUUUUUCAGUAGUUGUCAAAUACAGGAUUUUUAAAAAUUGGGUAUAAUUUGUAAUGUUUUCCUCUUUUGCAUUUUAUAGGUGAAUAACAAGCUGAUAAUUACUCUGACAAUUCGCUCGAGUAGCCAGCCUCCAGCUUAAAUGUCAUGCUGCUCAUAGAUUGACCACUGCAUAUUGUGGCAGUGUAUUCAAUUUCAAACCAUAACUGGUAAUAUUUUUUCAUGUAGAAAUUUAAUGGAAGUAUUUCCGUUAAAUUUGUCUUUCUCUGAAGUGAUGGAAAAAUAUGGGAAAUAUUAAUUCAGCUGAUCAGCAGUACACAGAGGAAUUUAAAUUAUAGAAACAACUUUAAAACCUUGAUGUUGUUGACCAGUCCAACAAAAUGAGCUAUAAUACACCAACUAGAUAUUGAGCUGGCACAUCUGCAAACUUUAUCAUAAUUCUGUAAAUACAUUAUUCCACUUUAUAAAGCAUUUUUAUGUCGGAAUUGUGUGUGUGAAGCGAUUGCACUUCUUGACGUGUUCAAAAAUAUUUCAUGUAGAACCUUAAAUAAACUGUAGAAAGAAAGUACUUGUUUACUUAAAACAUAUCUUCUAGAUGUAUCUAGAAGAACUACUAACCUUGGACACGUGUCCAAUGUUCAUAAGGAAGCAGGUGAGUUUUGUGGAGCAGGUACGGAGGGAGCAGGAGAUGAGGUCACAUCAUUUUGUCUGCAUGCAGGUGUUGAUGGGAGAAAAUGAGCAAUGAAAUAAACAGAAAAACAAACACAAAAACUGAAUAGUGGUUCAAAAUACGCAUAAAUUAAAAUAACAGCAAAAAAAAAGGUAAUAUGAUGCAAAUUAAAAAAUGAAAGCACAAAGUCAUGUAAUAAAGUCAAUUUGUUUACCUUAUUAGGAAAUCUGAACAAAUAAGGUAAAAUCAUUUGCAUGAAGAUGGACACUCAAAGUCCAAACUUACAUGGGAUGCAAACUUUGAUACAAACGUUUCGAUGGCUUUUUACAGCCAUUUCAGCUCAGAGAAAUUCACAUUUUACAGAGAGAGAAAAAAAAACUGCUCAACGUACACCAAGGAGCUGUGUGAAAAAGUACAACAUCCCACUUUUUCAUCCCUAGGAAAAAAAACUGUCAACAGGCAAGCAAGAAUGUAUCUUGUUUCAUUCAUUAAACAAAUACAGAAGA